AGAACAGUGAGCUUCAGUUUCCUACAGUCGCUCUGCCAAGUAUCACUGCUUCACAAAGGACCUAAAAAUCACUAACAAGAACCUAAAUUCUACCAAAAAUGGAAAUGAACUUCACAGCACCUUUCACAACUUCUCCAACAAAUCACUGUGACCUUUAUGCGCACCAAAGUACAGCAAAGGUCUUCAUGCCUCUUCAUUACAGUAUUGUCUUCAUCAUUGGACUCCUUGGCAACCUAUUAGCCUUGUCGGUGAUUUUUCAGAACAGAAAAAAAAUCAAUUCCACCACUCUCUAUUCAACAAACCUCGUCAUUUCUGAUAUACUUUUUACUACUGCUCUGCCAACCCGGAUAGCCUACUAUGCGAUGGGAUUUGACUGGAGAAUCGGUGAAAGCUCUUGUAGGAUAACUGCUCUUAUAUUUUACAUUAAUACAUAUGCAGGUGUGAACUUCAUGACUUGUUUGAGUAUCGAUAGAUUCUUUGCUGUGGUCCACCCUCUUCGAUACAACAAGAUGAAAAGAAUCAAGCAUGCUAAAUGUGUGUGCAUUUUUGUGUGGAUUCUCGUGUUUGGUCAGACACUCCCACUACUUAUACAUUCUAUGUCAAAGGAAGAAAAUGGAAGGAUAACAUGCAUGGAAUAUCCAAACUUUGAAGAAAUACAAAAUCUUCCCUGGAUUCUCCUCGGUGCCUGCUUAAUAGGUUAUGCUAUUCCACUUGGAAUCAUACUGAUUUGCUAUUCUCAAAUAUGUUGUAAGCUCUUACAAACUGCCAAACAAAAUCCGCUAACCGAGAAAUCAGGGGUAAACAAAAAGGCUCUCAACACAAUUAUUUUCAUAAUUAUUGUUUUUGUUGUCUGUUUCACACCUUAUCAUAUUGCAAUUAUCCAACAUAUGAUUAAGAAGCUACAAAAAGAACCAGACUGCAAAGAACAACAAAUAUUCCAGAUUUCCCUCCAUUUUACUGUAUGCCUGAUGAACUUCAACUGUUGCAUGGACCCUUUCAUAUAUUUCUUUGCAUGCAAAGGUUACAAGAGAAGGGUUAUGAAAAUGCUGAAACGUCAAGUUAGUGUAUCAAUUUCAAGUGCUGUUAAGUCAGCUCCUGAUGAAAACUCACGUGAGAUGACAGAAAAUCAAACAAUGAUCCACUCUAAGUCUUCAAAUGGAAGGUAGUGAAGCAUAAAAUCUUGUAUCUACAAGAAAAACUUCUGUUCAAUUAACUUUUCAGAAUCUUUCUCACUGGAUAAUAUGAAUUUUCAGCACUCAAAAUAGGAUGGUUACUCACAAAAUAAUAGGUAUGGAAAAAGAAAAACCCCAAAGCACUACCCCAAAGACUGAAUGACAUAUAACAAAGGCUCUUCAACUAGAUGUUGAAACGAUUCUAAGACGUGAUCAAUCUAAACAAUUACUCUCUCCAACAUAUUUUGAGAACUGGACCAACUGAACCAAGAAGAGAAAAAAGUAAUUUAAUAAAUGCAGAAGAAUGAGUGCCAACAACAGAAAAAGAUAGAAAGACCAACAAUGUAAUAUUGUAUUAAACAUGAUUUCCCUAUCGUGGGGAAUUCCAAUUGUAGGAAAUCCCUCCACCUAAAGUCCAUCUAUAACUCAGUAGGUAAGUUCUGGGGAAUUGUUUGAGGCACUGAAAAGCUGUGUGACUUGUCCAGAAUCACUGAGAAGAGAAACUUUAACCAAAGUCUUUCUUGACUCCACGUUCAGAACUCAAACCUCUAUGCAAUUAAGGUUUACUUGCUAAUCAAAUAGGUAAAGUAUGUAUUAAUUGAUCACUUACCUUGUUAUAAAAUAACAAAAUGGGAUUCAAUGUGCAUGGAAUUAAACGGACUUAUUUUAAUACAAAAGUUUCUGUAUAACAAAUUAUGUAUAACAAUUAUGACACUGUCAUUUGUAAAAUUUAAACUGUUAGUAUAAAGAC